AUGACCAUCGAGAAAUUCGCGUGCCACUUAUGUUCCAAGCAAGUUGACAAACGAGGAAAGCUGAAUAAGCAUCUGAAAACGCACACGAAGCCUUACAACUGUCAGACAUGCACAAGAGGCUUUGCUUCUCGUCUGGACCUCCAACGCCACAUCAGAUCUCAACACCGUGCGGGUAAUAAACAGUACCGCUGCCAUGUUGAGGGCUGUGUGUUCACCUCAAAUCGAAAGGACAAUCUCAGGAGGCAUCAGAUGAGAACGCACGGUUCCAAGGUCCUAGACCACUCAGCUGAAAGCAGUAACCAGAAACAGCCGCCAUACCAGCAGUCUGAUGUUUCUGGUAUUGCAGAGCUGAAUGACACGUCAAACUUCAUGCGAGUGGCCGCUUCAGGCGAUCUAAAUAGGCUGGAAGCCUUCCUAUCAGCAGGCUUACCAAUUGAUACUAAGGCGGACGAUCAUUCCACGGCCCUGCACUGCGCAGCUAGAGCUGGUCAGGUAGACGUAGUCAAAUAUCUACUCGUCGGUGGAGCGAGUGUCAGUGAGAGAAACCAAAAUCGUCGACUACCGAUACAUGAAGCUGUUUUGAGCAAAACUCCCGAGACAUUCAAGUGCUUCCUCGACCGCAUGACACCAGAAGAAUUCCGUACCUCGCGAAAACACCUCGACAGCUAUCUGGUACGAUCGGGUAGUGUUGAAAUCGUCGAUGUCUACCUUACGCGCUUGGGAAACGACUUCACCAACCAAGAUAACUCGAAGAAACUCAGCUUCGCCGUACGUAUGGGACACGACUUACUCGUUGCCGCUUUGCUUGAUGACCCGGAAGUCGAUGGAAACCAGCGAAUCGUGAAUCAUAAAAAAGGCUUCCGUCAAAUCCAUUUAGCGGCUUAUUAUGGACGAACAAAAGUUAUGGAAAUCCUUAUCGCUUGCAAUCGCGUCAACAAAACAUUGGAAACCUACGACUCUAGACAAGCGCUACAUAUAGCAGCCUCACAAGGCUCUGCAGCAAUUGUAAAACAGUUGAUUCAACAUCCAAGUGUUGAUGUUAAUUGCCAAGACAGGGACGCGGAGACACCUCUACAUUAUGCAUCAUCAAAAGGACACACAAUGGUCGUACAGCAGUUAACCAGCCACCCAAGUGUUGAUGUAAACUGCCAAAAUAGGGAUGCGGCGACACCUCUGCACUACGCAGCCUCUAAUGGGCACCGGGAAACAGCUUCGUUGCUACUCAGACUCUCGGAUUCAAUCAGAGAUGGUCACCGCAUCUCGUCCAAAGAACUACCAACAAGUCUUGCGUUCACCAAAGAGGAUUUUCUUCACAGACUUCUUAAACAUCCAGACUUUGGCGGUCCGAACAAAAUCCUACCAGGAAGGUAUAAGACUAUUCUCAACGUCGCUGUUAGGGAGAAUGAUUGCGAAGUGAUCGAGUUUCUGGUAGCUUGCCAGGAUGUCGAUGUGAAUAUGGGGGAUAAGUACGGUUGGAGUCCUCUGUUGAACGCUGCUCGCGAUGGCAAAUUGGAAGCAGUGAGACUACUUCUUCAGCACAAAGACAUCGAUGUAAACCAAUUUAUUCCAGGACUGAGUUGGACGGCGUUGGAUUAUGCAAAAGUUCACAAGCACAACGAGAUCGUCGACCUCCUCCUCUCCCACGGGGCCAUGGACUACGACAUUUGUGGGAACCUCUGGCCAAGCGUACCAACAAUCACGCACAUCGAAAACUCGCAAAGCACUACAUUGCAACCCGACCACGGAGUGUACUUCGAUCCGUCCGACGAUGGUAUGAGUGAAGCACCCACGAAAGCUUGGGAAGAGUCUUUCGACAUGGAGGAAGGAAUGAUGGAGUGAAGACUAUUUUCAUUAGGCGUUGUAUCAUCUGGACGGCUGUAAUCACGCUCUUUGCUACCGGCAACAACGAGGGGGAAGUUAUCUCCACCCCCGUCUCUCGAGGUUUUCUCUUCCCUUCUAUAGCAUGUAUCAGUAGUAUUUUGCAGUAUUUUAAUUACAUCUCACUCCUAAGAACCCACUCCGCGUAUAAAACUGCGCGACCGCUACCAUCUACCUUGUGAUCAUCAACGCGACCUAUGCAAAACGUAACUCGCGUACAUAUUCAUACUA